AAACGAGAGAGCACUGGUCAUUUUUCGUGUGAGUAAAGGCUUGUGAAGCAGUUGUGAAGGGCAUCCUGGGAAUUCAGCCACAACUGAAAGAAGACAGAAGAGGGGCCGGGGGAGGCAGCGACGCGGCCAAUGAUGAAUGAUCUCUCCCUCUUCUAGCGCGCACAUCUUACAGGGACGGAGAGACCGGGGCUGUGGAUUCUGUUAUUGGCCUGUCUUUUUAAAGGGUGUAGAUUUUAGAAAUGGGAAGUGAUUUAGAGGUUCUUCCACGCCAGCGUUUCAGCUCUUCAGAGGAAAGAUCCGAACAACACGAUCAGCUCUACAUGGAGGGAAGAUUUGAGUCAGAGGAAACACGAAACUUGGAAAGGGGCAGGUGGGAGAUAAAAGCAGCACAGAGCUGAACCCACCCGCUGCCAGGAGGCCCCAGGGGCCCGUCCUUGAGCUGGAAGAGCGUGGAGCCCUUGGCCCGGAGCCAGGUGUGGCCCAGUCAUGGGAAAGGCAGAACAGGUGCAGUUUAGUCCCGGGUAAGCGUGGCCUGAUGACUGCAGCUGUGACCUCCUUGGGUGUCUACUGUGGAACACGCAGGUCAGCCACCGUAGCCAGAUGUCCUUUAACACUUGAGUAGCUAAUCCCCUGGUAAGGGGUCCUCUCUUCUCUCCUACACCUCCCGCUGCGGCACGGUGGCUGCACCCUGGUUGGGUUCCCGCGGCCCCAGCACAAGGCGAUGAGCUAGGAAAUGGCACAGAUCCUUUUCAAUCCCACCUUUCUCCCCCUUGCAUUCUUCAGCCUGUGUUAACUCUUUCGCCGCAUGGAGAUGACACAGAUGGUAACAAAAAACAAUCCAGAUGGGGUGCAGGUGCUGUAAAAUGAUACAAAGCUAUCUCUUUGAUCCGGUUCAAGUGCCCUCCCCUGGCUAUGUCAACGAGGUGAACAGCUACAAGGUGGAUGAAGGUGACGCGGGUAAACUGAAAGGCAAACAGAGUGGCCAAGUCCUCGUGCACAAAAACGAGCUGCAGAGCGAGGGCCUGAAGAGGACGGCCAGCAGAGGCAGAGCCUGCGGCGGGCAGGAGCCCCACUGGCCUCCCCCAGGACCGCCUCCUCAGGGGGACACGGCGGGGGGAUACUGUGCGGACAGGGCUGGCGGUGCCAUCAAUGGCAUUGGCCCCGCCCCCGCCCCCCUGCAGCCCACUGGCGUUCAUGGGCCCCACCGGGGAGACAGGGGCUCCUGCGUCAGGACCGCGCAAGGCGUCGCCCCAACUCAACCCUUCCCGGAAGGACAACAGGACGGUGUGCUGCCGGCCUCGCAAGAGACCCAGCUCGUCCGAAAUGGGGACUCCAGAGCUUCUUCCAGGGCAGAAGGUCCUGCCUUGCAAGUACAAGACCAUGACCUCCAGAUACCGGCCCCGGAUUACCCUCCCCUUCGGGGCUCCACGGUAGACAAAGCUGAUCCGGAAGAAAAGGACUGUCUUUCCAAGAGCCAGACUGACGACGAAGCCCCGGCGGGAAUUUCCCCCAGGGUGGGGGAGCACGGUUCGAACAUGCCCUUCCCCUUGAAGAGAAGUUGGGAUUCGUUAAGCGAGGCCGUGGCGACAGGAGACCUAAGUGUCUACUUUGAAGCAGAGGAUGCUGCUCAGGCCGCGCCCGUGGUCGAUUGGAGAACCGGGUGGGAGGAUGCACCUGGCUCCGCGGGAGAGCCGGGUAGGGACGCGGAGGACGAGGAUGCGGCCGUGGCCGAAGCCCUCGCAGCCUUAGAAGCAGCUACCGCUGGAGAAGACGUGGAUGAGGCAGAUUAGGGCCCUGAGCAGGUGUGGCUGCGCGCACGUGGGGUACGCAUGCUCCGUGGUCGGAGCUGGUGCCCCGCAGCCUGCGCCCCCCGCAGCCUUACAGGUGGUUUGCGUCAGCAUCCGCGCUGAUGAUCGCGGGGGCCCGCACCAGGCCGCUUGUUGUUAAGUAUGGACAGCACCACUGUGUCAACGGGCGAUCACUCAGGGCGCCAGAUUAAAAAUCAGAGUGCAGGUGCCCACGGCACAUGUGGGAAUCAAACAGCCUGCUCGUCGACCCACAUCUCCCUCCAGAACAUCUGGGACAGAUGUGCUCGAGAAUGCUCUGAAAUCCCAGCGCUUAAUCCCCACCCCUCCCACCACCACCAAGGGCACAGAAUCACAGAACAUUCUGUUUGUAAAUUCGUUGUCUUGCUUUUGAGAGCCAGACAUUGUACCCAACCUGGAAGAAGUAGCUACCCCCCACUGAAAGUGCCUAGUGUGUCCCCAGAGCAUGGCUUGCCUUCAGGGACAGUCACCCAGGGAACUAAUCACUAACCACUUGUUUGACAUGGAGUUAAACUCAGCAGGCUUCAGGGUGGAGCAGAAGCCACCAGUAAGCAAAUGGUUAGUCAUUAGCUGUGAUAUUAGGACACCUUGACCUUAACUUUUUUACAUUAUUACUUUUUAAUCUCCUUUGGGACUGGGGAGGCCGCCAAAAUAAUUCUGAAAACUGCUUGUGUUGUAUUUGAGUUUUAAGUUCAUGAGAUUGGGAAGAGCGAAGAGAUAGAUGUUUUAUGCCACUUAAUGUCGAUUCUGAUUAAAAUAUAACAACAUA